AUGAACCUGUCGCUGGUUGAUCCCUUUAUCCUCGCGCAGGAUUGCCCCGAGGUCAUCACCGGCCGUCUGCGCAGCGGCCACUCGACGUCGAUCCGUUUCAGUCACCGCGGCGACUUGUUAGCCUCUGGCCGGCACGACGGCAUUGUCGUCGUCUUCGACAUUGAGACCAACGGCGUCGCCCGCAAGCUGCGCGGCCACACGCGCCAGAUCCAAUCUCUGAGCUGGUCCACCAACGACCGCUUCCUGCUCAGCGCCGGCCAGGACUGGAAAUGCGUGCUGUGGGACCUCAAGGAUGGGUCGCGCGUGCGCACCGUCCGCUUCCAGUCGGCCAUCUUCAUCGCAGAGCUGCACCCGAAAAAUCACAUGAUCUUCGCAGCUGCUCUGUUCGAAGACCAGCCUGUACUCGUGGACAUAUCUGCAGAAGUUCCCGUCAAGCACACGCUUCCCACCGUCCCCCGCCGCUCGCAGACUGGACGUGAGAAGGCCACCGAGAAACAGGCAGCACAGGACGCCAAACAGACGACGACCGUAACCGUAUUCACUCCCUCCGGCGAACACAUCCUCACAGGCACGAACAAGGGCUGGUUAAACAUAAUUGAUGCGAGAACGUACGACACACUAUACUCAUACAGAGUCACGAACUCACUCAUCGUCCUGAUACGCAUGACGCAGUCAGGCCGCGAUGUUGUGUUGAAUUCCAGCGAUAGGAUCAUCCGGACAUUCCUUCUUCCUGAUCUUUGCGAUCCAAAGCUCGACUUCGACAUGCUGGAGCUCAAAGUCCAACACAAAUUCCAAGAUCUAGUCCAACGAUUGUCUUGGAAUGCAGUCACCUUCAGUUCAGCUGGUGAUUACGUCGCAGCGACAACGUACAUGAAUCACCACGUUUACAUCUGGGAACGCGGCCAAGGCAGCCUUGUGAAGAUCUUGGAGGGAACCAAGGAAGAACUGUCUGUGUUAGAGUGGCAUCCUUUCCGGCCUUUUGUUGCCGCUAUCGGCGUCGACUCUGGUCGCGUCUGGCUGUGGUCCAUUUUACAACCUCAGCGCUGGUCUGCGCUCGCACCGGACUUCGUUGAGGUCGAGGAGAACGUGGAGUACAUUGAAAAGGAGGACGAGUUUGAUAUCCAACCACUAGAGGAGCUGCACAAGCGGAGGCUCGAUCAGGAAGAUGAAGAGGUCGAUGUGCUAACUGUUGACCCUGUCAAGACCAACGCUCAACAUGAACCUGGCGAGUUUAGAAUGCCUGUGUUGCUAGAUAUUGAGGCAAGCGACAGCGAGGAUGAGAUUGUGGCCGUUGGAGCUGGACAGUUCAGACGGCGGAGUCCUGGAGCGGGGAGGGAAUACAUGAACGAUGAUGAGGUAACAGCCAGUGGUGAUGAGGCAAGGAGGGCCAAUGGCUCUACAGCGAGCGGGACAAAAAGGCGAAGGGCCUCCAAACGUGGCGUCGCCUUCGCUUGGGGGUCCGAGAAAGUAAAAGGUGUAAAUAUCGGCGGAUGGCUCGUUCUGGAGCCUUGGAUAACGCCAUCUCUCUUUGAUAAACUCGGUCGCAGCGAUAUCCUCGAUGAGUUUACUCUAGGUCAAAAGCUUGGGAAGGCUGCUGCACUUAAGAUUCUGCAAGAGCACUGGGAUUCUUGGGUUACGUUUGAAGACUUCCAGAAGAUCAAGGAUUCAGGAUUCAAUCUUGUGAGGAUACCGAUUGGGUAUUGGGCGUAUGAUACACUGGACUCGCCGUAUGUCAAGGGCGCCGCACCUUACAUCGAUGCCGCCAUCGACUGGGCCCGAGGCCUCGGCCUGAAAGUAAUGAUAGACCUCCACGGUGCUCCAGGGUCCCAAAAUGGCUUCGACAACUCCGGCGAACGCAUCUCCGCUCCGACUUGGACAACCGGCGACACAGUCCAACAGACCCUGGAAAUCUUCUCCACUAUCUCAACCAAGUACGCCCAACCGGAAUACCAAGACGUGAUCGUGGGCAUCGAGCUCCUCAACGAGCCUUUAAUCCCUAAAUUAGAUGAAGGUACCGUCCGCCAAUUCUUCCGGGACGGCUUUGGGAGGUUGAGAGAGACGUCGGACACCCCCAUCGUCCUGCACGACGGUUUCCUCCCCACAUCAAACUGGAACGGCUUUCUGACCCCAUCCGAUAACAACGCGCAAAACGUCGUAAUGGACCACCAUGAAUACCAAGUCUUCACCGACGCCCUCGUCGCGCUCUCUCCCGAUGCCCACGUCUCUGCUGUUUGCUCUGCCUCCGGCAGCUACUCCGGCGCCGACAAGUGGACCGUCGUGGGUGAAUGGACGGGCGCAAUGACCGACUGCGCGAAGUACCUGAACGGCCUCGGCAUCGGGGCCCGAUACGAUGGGACGUAUCCCGGCUCGACCAAGGUUGGGGAUUGCAAGUGGCAGAACGACAUCUCCAAGUGGCCUCAAGAGUACAAGGACCAGACGAGGAAGUAUAUUGAGGCGCAGAUGGGGGCAUUUGAGACGAGGGCGAAUGGGUGGGUGUGGUGGAACUUCAAAACCGAGAGUGCACAUGAAUGGGACGCUUUCGCGCUCAUUGAUGCAGGGGUGAUGCCGCAGCCAUUAGAAAGUAGGAAAUUUGAGGUCAUAUGUUGA